AUGGCUGCGGAAUCCUCCGCAGGGGCGCUCUUUGAGCGUCCUUUAUCGUACGAUGAAGCGUACGAAGCGGUCACGGCGAUAAACGUUGUGGUAUCACGCACAGCUGGAACGUCUGAUGAGUGCUACUCAAUGUGCUUAGAUUACCUGCGAGAUAAGAUGCAAUCGAUCGCGGUAAGUGACCUAAGGGCUACUCAACCGAACUACAAUGAUAGCCCGAACAAAAGGCAGCAUGAAAGAUUUAUCCUUUCCUUACGACAAUCCGAGACCCUGUCCAUAGCGUCGGAGAUUGAAGCUUCGUAUAUAUCUGCGCAAAGUGUAAGUCGUAGUAUAUUAUUUCCGGAUCUUUCUUCUACUGCAUAUGUCCUUGGUACCUCUCCGAAGUACCAAUUGAUCGGUGAUAAGGCUGAAUUUCGAGUGAAAUACAUGGAAGACGGUUCUGACACUUUACUGGACCAAAGAUUGUUUAGUCAAGGUGGUAUGGCUGCAGCUAUUGUGAUUCACGAUUUGGAUGUUAAUGACAGUCAAGCACUGAGAGAUUUAUUUUAUACUGAGGUUAACCGUAUGUACGACCGUUAUGGCAUAUCUAUAGUUCAUAUGUUAUGUCGUUCAUCGUGUGGCAUUGGUAUAUUUUCAGCGGAUUAUUUACGUCCGUUAUACCCGUGGUUGAAAUAUACCCGUGGUUUGAACAAAUUACGUGUGGAUACUAGUAUGGAAGGAUUUUCUAACCACACUCUGAACUACACGAAUUCCAAGGAGUUGAUAUUACUCUAUAACUCAGGAUCCAAUAUCUCAUAUUUCUUACGUGAAUUGAUGUUACACUGUAUGGUGUGCGUGCUACGUAAAUUUGUAUCAUGUUUGGAAAGUGAGCGAUUGCCUGAGAGUGUAAUAUUGACAAAAUUUGAUGAUCCUGAUAUGCUUCGUGGUUUAUCUAAGAAGCAGCGUCAGUUAAUAUCAGAAGGUCGUACAUUAAAAAUCCAUGGCGACAUUUUGAUGAUGUUGAAUAAUGUUUCUCAAGCAAUUUCUACGUAUAAGCUUGCGAAAAUACGAUGUAAGUGGUCUAAUGAUCCCCUAUUCCGUUGUGUAUCUGGGUUCUGUUUGGCUAUAGCGAUGGCUCGUUUAUCUGAUAUCCGAGAACAAGAAUACCUAAAACCAACCCGUACGGAAUCUGAUCCACAAUCUGUUAAGGGCACGUCACCUAGACCGCUUGAAGGCGACCCUACUCGAGGUUACAAUAUAUCUCUUGAGGACAAAAUUGACCCUUCAUCGUCUACUUUACGAAACCGUGGUCAAUCUAACAGGCGUUCAGUGCAUCGUAGGAUUUUGAUUUUCCGAAAAUCCUCGAAUAUGCCUACACGUCGUAAAACCACAUCUCAAGCGGUACAGCGAACUCGAAAUUGCGAUGACAUAACUUCGCCCUCGGAGGGUGUUUAUGCAUCGACAACGCGUCGUACUACUUCUGUAGAUGAGAAACGUGUCCCUCGUGUGGAUAAUAACGAGCAUACGCUAUCUUCUGCACAUGCUGCUUUCAAAAAGGAAAACGGUAUGCCUUUGGACAAGGAUAAACCAUCGGGUACGGUUGUUGAUACCCCUGUUUUCAUGGAAGGGCCGGAAACUGAGCAAUUACCCUCUGUCCCUGUCCCUUCUGAAGGUGAGCAGCAUUUGACUGCUGUUACCACUAACUGCGAUCCUCCAGCUUAUGUGGAUAAGUCUGCCGAUAAAACGAUACGAAGGUUUGUAAAAGCGUUCCAACGUUGGUUAGAGUUAUCACAUAUCCCGGGUCGUGAACUUGAGGUGUGUUUACCAUUGAUGUUACAUUACCUACGUAAUGGCGAGAGGUACAUGACCUUGUAUUCUACGAUUGGAAGGUUUAUAUCUUUUGCUGACCGUUACCUUUCGUCAGAAGAGUACCUCAAUGUCUUGCGUUACGUGAUUGAGUUUACCCGUGGUGGUCCUUACCGUCGUAAAUGGAACUUUUACAACUACCUUUACGAACGCCAUCGGUUAUCUAAGGGCUGCGCGAAGCCCUGCGACUACCUGGCCGAUGUGUUACGGCGGUUCGGUUUGACCACCACUUUACCGGAGAAGUGUAUCCUAGCUAAUAUCAAGGAACCUCAUUCAUGUAUAAGUCCAACAGUCACUGGCAUAAAGAUAGUGGAUGUUACAGAUGCGACAUUGGUUAACCGUACCGAUAAUAUGGACGUCGUUCCAGAUUCCGAGUUAGUCUCUGUUUUAGAAGUGACCCCUGCGGAUGGCACAGCUGUUGAAAAUGAUGUGAAAGAAAUUGAGAACAAUGGAUGUAAUGAGCAUGAUGAGUUGAGUAUUGUGAGUGGUAUACCACUAAGAUUGGAUAGUACGGAGACCGUGUUAAUGGAAGAUAAUUUGGUGUCAUUGUCGAUAAGUAUCAAGCGUAUGCUAGAACGUGUUGCACGUACUGUAGGUCAGCCUUCUCUAUGUAACUUUCGACACCAUUUGCCAAUAUCUCAAGAUUGGAAACUUACACAGUUUCCGGACAUCCGUGCUGCGUAUGUUGAGCUUGGGUUACGUGAAUGCGAGUGUCACGGUAUGAAGAUUGCUAAUGCGCAUUUAGCCUUAAUUGAGCUUGUAAUGGCGGCUGAGCGUGUGGUUUUCCGUUAUUCCAACAGGCCACUAAACAGCCCUGAUGGAGCUGAUAUUGAGGGGGUCGAGCUGCUGCCAGUAUCCCGUGUUUGCGGUAGGAAGGCUUUGCGAGAAGUUGAGGAUCUGUCUGACCGUUCCAAAGAGAGCGAUGUUCAGAUUUUGAAGAAAUUUGAUGUUGAAGCUAAUUUGGAGUUGAUCCAUUUGCAGGGUUGUAUUACACGUUUCACUGAUUCGUGUAAUUUGUUAUAUAAUGGAGAUAUUUCCCCAAUAUUUAACUGUGACCAUGUUAUCCUUUCUUCUGGAGUUUCCGAUAUCUUGAACCCGCCUUCACGUGGUUAUAGGCGAGUGACGAUCCCAAGUGUUUCUGCCCGUAUCGAGUACAAUGUGACAUAUGCUGGUGGGUCUUUGCUCCACGUGAUCGGUGGCCAUGGCGGGUCUAACUUGAUAGUGCCAUUGCUAACAUCCAUGGAGCACAUCUCGCCACAGAAUAUCAGUGAUGAUGUGAUCCAUGUGAAUUCACGACCUGAGAUUUGUGAAUCAAGUCGACCACGCAGCAUUAUCAAUCAGAGGACCGAUUAUGUAUUCAAGCUUUUUGACGCUUCCAGAUAUAGGUCUCGUGUUAGUUGUAAUUUCACUCGUUUGGGUCGUAUCAACCGUUUACAACAAAUUUCCGCUCGUACGGAUACUUCUAACAAUGCAGUUGCCCCCGUCGGUGUUACUGAAUCUGUUCAUCAAGAAUAUGUUUCAGGGUCUAAUACUGGCGAUUCUUUAUUAUGUGAGAUGGUUAAUAUCAAUUUGAAGCCGCGUUGUCGAGUUUUGAAUCAUUCUUUUAGAAAGGGUUCACGUUGCAAAUUGCAUAAACUAGAGAAAGAUAAGUUUGUUUUUUACUUUCCUCAACUGGAUAUUGAUUUAAUGGACUACCAAGGUGAUAUGAGGUGUACUUCUAUAGUUACACCAUCUAUUGAUAUUGAGGUAGACACAAGUCAGUAUGUGGAGUUGAAGCUAUCUAAUCCGUUGCCUAUAUACGUGGUACUACAUGAUCCAUCUCUGAUAACAUUGGGUGUGCCUGUUGAGGUAACAUUUCCGGAGGUAUCGUUGCCACCUUUGGCUAAGGAUCAUGCUGUGACUGUGCAAUUUGUUGGUCGAACUAUUGGUCGUGUGGAUAUUGUGGGCAUCACAUUUCGAUUAUUAUCAGGUUUGGUGUGCAACCAGUUAUUUUUGAGCUUGCCUAGUCAUGCUUUGGCGCCAACUCUUAGGUGCAUUAGUACGAACCCAUGGAGUCUAGGUAGUAUUACCACCGACUUCGUUCGUAAAGGCUCGGCGUUAACAUUUAACAUUUCCCAUGCUGUGUACCGUGUUGCUAUAAGUUACGAGAGUACAAGGGUCACUGCAGCCCGUGAGGACCGAUACAAUAUUGAGCAUGUGUUGUGUCCUGGUAGCCGUUGCAGUUCAUCUCGUGGCAAGAAGGAUCGUAGCCGUACCGCUUCUAUUAUAUCUCAAUGUAUGUCCAACCGUGCAUCUGAGCUUUACGCAUCACGUUUUGGCGCACGUGUACCAGUUUCCGGUGAUGCAUCUGUUCCCAAUACCGUAAAGUUAUGUUCUCGUGAGACAUGUUGGAUCUGUUGCGUUACCCGUCAGAAGGCUAGGGAUUACAUUUCACAUGAGCCAUCACGUUUGGAGCUUAUCGAGGGUGAGGAGCGUCUAUUGCAUGUGAUUUUACACAACGAUUCUCGAGACUUGGUACUACGUAACUUUGCGAUAUGUGUGUUGCCAGUUUUGGAUGAGCCUGAUUCUCUGCGUAAUGUGAUGACGCUUGGUGACCGUGAGUUUGCUACUAUGCGACAGCGUACUGCCAGUGCUAAACGUGCGAGUGUGCUAGUUCGUAGUUUCAAGGUAUUGGCUGAGAAGGCUAUGGUGGUCCCGAGUGGCGUUUCCGGUAUGGGUGAAUCUGUGUCAAAUAUCGAUUCUGCCCGAAGUCACUAUUCUUUUACAAGUUCAGCGGGGAGUAUACAUUCGUCUUAUAGUGCCCCUGCUACUUUGGAUCCGGGUUCAACACUGUUUAUACCAAUACUGUAUCGAGCAUCAACUACGGAAUCAAGGUUCCAUGUACGGGUGGAUUAUGAGUACUGUUCAUCUGCAGGCCCUAUGCGUUCAACGGUUUACAAGUUGAUUGAUCUUGAUGUGUCCAAGGGUCUGUGUAUAGGUAAAAUGGGUCUAUCAGUGGAACCGCGUGUGGAGUUUGAUCAUCAUGUUCUUAUGCAUGAGUUAGGUCGUUCUAUGUUACGUGUGUGUACAUUGUCUGACUUGACAUUUUUCAAGCAUGUUUUUGACGGGGAGGAUGUAGACAUCGUGUUAAGUAUUGCUAAUGCGACGGAUCAGCAGUUUUUGUGUCUAAGUGGUGUCGGCGAGAUUAGUGCUUUUGUGUCUCUGCCUAAUAGCGACGCUCCAUGGCGUAUACGUGCAAGGCGUUUACUUUAUGUUGAGGCUAAGCGUAUGCGUCCGUCGUCGUUUGUGCAUCUUUUGGACCACCAUAUGUCACUGCGUUGGUCUUUAGGUCAAUCUCGUGAAGGUGAAUUGCGCAUCAGUGACUUGAACUAUCACCGUCCACAUCGCGUGUUUGGUGAACGUGUUCCUCGUCGUUUAUUUUCAAAGGUUGAAUACCGGCGUGCUGUUAUGUGUCAAUAUAGUAAGAGUAAUGUGUGGAGGAUGAAAUCAUGUGGUCGACCACUUCCUUUGUACCGUUAUUCUCGUGUGCCUGAGGUGGUUCAUACAAAUUUACACCGGCUGGUAGAAUCCAAAAUAUCUCUUGAGCUUUCGGUAUCUGUAGGUUCGUUAUCGUUCUCGAGUGCCAGUGUAGAGGUCAGCGAAAAUUUCCGUAUCACCGUACCGCAAGAGCUAUCGUUCCGUUUGAAUGUGUUUGGUCGUAACAACAGUGACACGCCAAUUGAUGAUUACGUAACGGUUAUAGUGCCUUAUAUGUAUGACCAUGGCGGUCCCCCUGUUGGUUUAAAUUGGACGGGUGCUUUGGAGCAGGUUGGUAUGCACAGUCUGUUACCGGGUAACCGUUUGUAUCCACACGCAGUAACGGCACAUCCCGUAUUUGGUACAGCGGAACCGCAACAUAUGGAUAACCCUUUUACUGCCGUUUGUGCUAAUGACGGUCAGUUACGACACUUAAUAAUGGACGAUAGAUUAGUAUUACCUGGCGAGCGCCUCGCCGAUGGCGAGGAACACUCUGACGAUGAGUACUUUUACGGGCGGACAAUGCUGCUGCGUUCCGCUGUCUUAGGCACGGCAACAGUUACUGAAAAUAAAGAUAAAGAUAAUAGUGAUAAUGAUGAUGAUGAGGGGGAGGAGGAGGAGAGGCCAUGUGUAGAUGUGCAACCUGCUCGAUGUGCAAUUCCGCCGAUUGGCGCCAUUGUUAUCGCACAGGUUACUGCUAUUACGCACGAGCAGGCGGAAUGUCACGUAAUAUUUGUCAAUGACGAACCGGUCGCCGAAGGGCUAAAGGGUGUUAUAUCGGUUGUCGACAUCCAUGAGUCUAAGACCGUAGAAACAAAGAUCUACAAUUGUUUCCGCCCUGGCGAUUUCGUACGCGCUGAAGUUAUAUCUAUAAGUGACCCUAAGGAAAUUUCACUUAGCACGGAACAUAGAGAUUUAGGUGUCAUACGUAUACCAUCGGAAACAGAGGAAAUGAUACCCAUAUCGUGGAAGUACUUCUUAGGAACCAAGACAGGCACCGUGGUCCCCCGGUAUGUCCUUAUGAUGACAUUUCUCCCAUAUUUCGCAGAAAAGUGGCGUACGUCGGUAAACUAG